UAGUCCCCCACCUCUCUCUCUCUCUCUUUCUAGAUUUUCUCUCUCUAUCCAAAAAUUCUCCCAUUUCUCUCUCUAAAAAAGAAAAAUUCUAAAUCCACGCACCGCAAAACACAUUUGUAUACACACUUCGUAUAUAUCGUAUAUCUAACAUGUCGUAACCCUAGUUUUUUGUUUGUUAUUUGAAUGUGAAUUAACAGUUGUGUAAACCCUAGAAUUUGUGUGAUUUUUUGUGUGGAUCUGUGUUGAUUUGAAUGGAUACGACGUCGUCAGUAGUAGCGAAGGAGGUGGCGGCGGAGGACGACGGCGCGUUGUCGGUUACAUCGGGAUUAGCGAAGGAAGCGGCGGUGUUGUUUCAAUCGGGGAAAUAUACGGAUUGUGUUAGGGUUUUGUAUCAAUUGUUGCACAAAAAACAAGCCGAUCCUAAGGUUCUACAUAACAUUGCGAUUGCUGUGAACUUUCAAGAUGGUUGCUCCAAUCCUAAGAAGCUGAUUGAUGAACUUAAUAAUUCUAAGAAAAGAAGUGAAGAGCUUGCUUGUGCUGCUGGCGACCAGGCAGAGCCUGCUAGCAGUGGUGGAGCCAAAACUGUGACAGGAAAUAACGGAAAUAACAGUGCGCCACGGCAGCUAUCCGCUCAACAUAGUUCCAAACUUGUUUAUGCUGAUGAGUUUGACCCCUCAGUGACCAUGUACAAUCUAGCAGUUUGCUGGUUUCAUUUGCAUGAACAUGCAAAAGCAUUUUCAAUUUUGGAAGGAUUGUUUCAGAACAUUGAACCAAUAGACGAGGAAAUAGCCAAGCGCAUUUGCCUCUUACUGUUGGAUGUGGCGUUACUUACUCGAAAUGCAGCAAGAUCAGCCGAUGUGAUCAGCUAUGUGGAGAAGGUCUUUUGUAGCAGUAGUUUAUUGAGUCAAGUUGACAGUGGAAGUGCACAGCCACCAGCUUCAGCCGUUCUGAAAUCGGCUUCAUUUCCUAGCAAUUCAACUAUUUCUGAUGCAUCUAAUCCAGAUUCACCUGCUGCUGGAAUUACCUCUGAAGGUUCUUUGUCUAGGACAUUAUCAGACGAUGGACUUGAAGAUGAUGCUCUGCAUUUAAUAUCAUCCAUGGAGAUUGGUGGGCAGAAUCUACCGCGCCAGUCUGGCUUGAAAUCUUCAAAUGAUCUAACAAGGAGCCACGCUGAUGAAUCUAUCUCAACUGCUGAUAUGAGGAUUAAACUGCACCUUUGCAAGGUCCAGUUUCUUCUCCUUACCAGGAAUCUUAAGGCAGCUAAGCGUGAAGUUAAGAUGGCUAUGAACACAGCACGGGGCAAAGAUCAUUCUAUGGCUCUCUAUUUAAAGUCCCAGCUUGAAUAUGCUCGCGGGAACCAUCGAAAAGCAAUCAAGCUCUUGAUGGCAUCAAGUAAUCAGGAAGAAACUGGAAUUUCUAGCGUAUACUACAACAAUCUGGGGUGCAUAUAUUAUCGUCUUGGCAAGCAUCACACUUCUUCUGUAUUUUUUGCCAAGGCUCUGAGCAGUAGUUCAUCUCUCCGGAAAGAGCGGCCUUUAAAGCUCUCAACCAUCUCACAGGAUAAGUCUCUUCUCUUAACAUAUAACUGUGGUGUGCAGUACCUGGCUUGUGGGAAACCAUUACAGGCUGCAAGCUGUUUCUAUAAGGCUAGCCAGGUUUUCUACAAUAAGCCUCUUUUGUGGUUACGAGUUGCAGAAUGUUGUCUAAUGGCCCUUGAGCAAGGACUGCUUAAGUCGAGCGGUGUUGCUGCUUCUGAUAGGUCUGAAGUUAAAGUUCAUGUUGUUGGAAAAGGAAAAUGGAGGCAACUUGUUAUGGAAGACGGGAUAUCAAGAAAUGGACAAGAAAGUUUUUCAGGUACAGAAGAUUUGGCGACUAAGGAUAGACAGCCUAAGUUAUCAGUAUCACUUGCUCGUCAGUGUCUUCUGAAUGCGUUGCAUUUAUUGAACUUUUCUGGUAAGAAGUCUACACAGCCUCAUGCUUCUGGUCUGGAAGAAAGUGAAACAAGAGAAGCAGUACCAUCCAAGACUGCAAACUGUAAGAAUGGAUCAACUGCUGACCCUAAGGCACUGAAUGUGGCAGCAUCAGGUCAGGUUAGUGCAAAUGGGGAGGUGAAGGAGCACAAGGGUGCCAGCAGUCAAAAUGCCUCCUUAUUAAGUUCUGUUAGCGAGUAUCAAACCACUUGCAGAAAAGAGAAUCUGAUGAUUGAGCAAGCUAUAUUGGCUGAUUUGGCUUUUGUAGAGCUGGAAUUGGGAAAUCCAUUGAAGGCCCUUACAAUUGCAAAAUCUCUCUUGAAAGUCCAAGAAUGUUCUAAAAUAUACAUCUUUCUUGGCAAUGUGUAUGCAGCUGAAGCUCUAUGCUUGCUAAAUCGGCCAAAGGAAGCUGCAGAACAUUUGUCAACGUAUAUCUCCGGUGGCAAGGGUGUUGAUCUGCCAUUUAGUGAAGCGGAUUCUGAAAUGUGGAAACAGGAGAAAACAUUGGAUUCUGAAGAUACUAGUGGUGGAUCAGCAGCUUUGAAUUCCUUUCCGUCAGAGGAAUCUCAAGCAUUCGUGUUCGUUAAGCCAGAAGAGGCCCGUGGAAUUCUCUUCUCAAACUUAGCUGCCAUGUCUGCUGUGCAAGGAGACAUCGAACAGGCCCAACAUUAUGCAGUACAAGCACUUUCAACAAAACCUCAACGUCCUGAAGCUAUUCUUACUGCAGUAUAUGUGGAUCUUUUGCGUGGGAGGGCACAAGAAGCUAUCACCAAGUUGAAACACUGUAGUCGUAUUAGGUUCCUACCAGGCAGUCCAACUUUAGAUGGUUCAUCGUGAUUUUGUAUCGGUGGUUUUUACUGUUCUUGUCCAGCCCAACUUCACUUAUGAGUUAGCAGGUAGUUCAGGACAACCUUGACAGAGGAUAUGUACCAUAUAUAUAGCUCAGUUCAGGAAUAAGUUUUCGUUUUUCAAAAUUUUAUGUUUUUCCCUUAACUUUGCAGUCUUAGGUUUCAGGAAGUCGUUGGGGUGGUGUGGCUGAGAUUAUUUUGGUUAUUGAAGAUGCCACCUUUAAAAGAUUCAAGAUCUAUUUUCAAUAUAGAGAGCCUUAGUCUAGUUCCCUUUAGAGAUAUAUAGAGGUUUUAUGUGCUCUCAUGAAGAUGAAUCAUGAACUUAAUCAUUUCUUUCAUAAGUUUAUUUUAAUACUCAA